AUGGCUAUGGUUUCCACUGUCACUGUUGCUUCUUCUCUCCGCCUCGCCAUUCCCCUCCUGUCUGCACCGUCCUCCUCAUCCUCCAAUACCUUUCGCUUCCCUCUCCACUUGUACCAGCACGGCUCUUUGCCUCGCCGAAAUCCAUACCAAAGAGGCCCUAACAAUCAUUACUGCAGGCCGCCCAGCCUUAAUUGGCAUGUCCGCACUACAGCCCAGAAGAAACGGCCCGCCACUAAAGAAUUCAGAAGGAAAGCAGAAGGCAGCGGCAGCCUAGUCGAUCUAUCCGUGGCCCAUGGGCUUCCUGACAGGGUCGGAAUGGGAUUCGGAGUCCAGAUGCGUUUCCGUUUCCCUCCGAAGGUAUAUACGUGUCAUACGGCCCAAUACGUCCUCCCAAGUCCAUCCGGAUCCGCCUCCUCCAUCGAUCUCGCUUCCUUGCCGCCGCCGCAUCCUUCUUGCUCAUCUGGCGGUGCCGGAGACUGCAGUUUCUUCGACGGGUCCGCCCGGACUCCGGAGAUGUCGCUCCGAUACAUCUAUCGGCGGCAACCGCGCGCGAUGGGAGCGCGUGGCCGCCGUAACCUCAGGAGCAAGAGGACGAGCAAGGAUGCGUCGGCGUCGGCGGAGGGGGGUGACCACGGCGAAGAUACGAUGAAGAGGAAUAGUAAGAAGGAUCAAUUCCCUUCGACGAAGCCCACGGUGCAGGAGGAGGAGGAUGCCCAGCCGCCCGGCGCCGGCAAGAAGGAGAAGAAGAAGAGGGUGGUGAGGGAGAGGCUGCCGCAGGGUCUCAUCGACGUAAUGAUUGCAAAUUCCUGGACGGUCUACGAGAUCCCCAGCGAGAGGUUGGCACAGCGUUUGCGGACUAUGCCGAAAGAAAGGCUGAAACCGAGAAGAUGGUGGCCUACGAGCAGGCCCUGA